AUGUUCUUAUGCAAUAUAAUUGGACAAAAAAUUACAGAUUACUACAACCUCUUAUUUGUUACUGCAUAUGAAGUUGAAUGGUAUAUAACUCCUCCAUAUAUACAAAAAUUUAUAUUAUUUCUAUUAUUAAGAGGCAACAAGCCUUAUGGCCUAAGAAUUGGUGGAUUGUUCAUAGCGUCCUUACAAUGUUUUGCAACGCUAAUAAAUGCGUCCUUGUCUUACUUUCUUGUCAUCAACUCUGUGCGGCAAUGA